AACUUUAGUUUAUUGUCUCGAGCUGUUUUGCUUGCAGUGAGUCAGGAGCUCGAAAAGGACCGAGAAUUUAGCAUAUAAUAACAUAUAACGCCUUUUAGUUCCUUUUGACCACAUUCAAGCCCAGUUAUGCCAUCCGACAGGUCCUUCAAACAGAGACGGAGCUAUGCUGAUCGUUGCAAGGAAGUGCAGCAGAUACGAGAGCAGCAUCCCAAUAAAAUUCCGGUGAUCAUUGAGAGGUAUAAGGGGGAAAAGCAACUUCCCGUCUUGGACAAGACCAAGUUCCUCGUUCCUGACCAUGUUAACAUGAGUGAGCUGGUAAAGAUAAUCAGGCGUAGACUGCAGCUCAACCCCACCCAGGCGUUUUUCCUUCUUGUCAACCAGCACAGCAUGGUCAGUGUGUCCACCCCCAUUUCUGAGAUCUACGAACAAGAGCGAGAUGAAGAUGGCUUCCUCUACAUGGUUUACGCCUCCCAGGAGACCUUUGGUUGCUAAGCCGGCCACUCGCCCGUUGAGGGAGGGACAGCAGAGGGAGGAAGAGACGUCAACAGGAAGCAGGCUCACCCAAAUGUACUCAUCAUCCCUGCUCUUUCCUUGCUGGUAUGAAACAAAAUAAAGCCGUUGUUUCUUCUCCAUGUGACACUACAGUGCAAACCACAGCACAACCGUAAACGCUAUUCAGACCCUUUGCCCCAUUUUAAACUUAGUUGUUGUUUUUUGUAUAAGCUCAAUAUAGGUAUUACAAUGUUAAUACUUUGUAUUUGGCCCCAGUUGCUUUUUUUCCCUGGCAUUUUAUUACUUUUAGGCCGUUAUGUCAAAUAAUUAGUAGCAUAUGUUCUUGUAAAUAAGUGAGUGUUUAUUUUUCUUUGUUUUAGGAUUAAUUUGCUUUUUCUGUCUGUUUGCUUAUAGUAAUUUCCUGUUGCCAGACCUUAGUGGUGCUGGUGUAAGAUUAUAAAAUCUUACUUCAGAAUUAAGUGCUUAUUAAUCAUAAUGUAGCGUAGUUCUCAUCAAAUUUCCUGUCAGACGCAUUCUGUGGUUCCCAAAACAAAACUGUAAAGAGACCAGUGGCUCCAAAGGUGCAAUUAUUAAAAUUAAUUGAAGUAUCAGAGGGUUUCUGAAGCCUUUAUGAGCCUGUGUUUAUUUCUGGGCUCCUGUGUAAAAAUAACUCAUCAUCCACUCUUUGUAGAAUAAAGAUACUGCCUGACAGUAACUGUACUCAAAAGCCACAUUGAUCUGUACUGUACACAUUUGAGCCAGAAGAACCUCUGAGAUCUUUUGGCAUCUGAGAGUAUUCUGCAGUCCGACUCACAUAUUCU